CGACGACGACGACGGUUUAGAACCAGUCCUUCCGACAACACGUUUCUGGACGUACGUCGCAGUCGAAUCAGCGUCGUCUCGAAAAGUGCAUUUCCCGGCUAAACGAAACGAAAAUCAAUAGAGGCCAAACAGGAUUUUCCGUGCUAUAUUCACCGUUAAGUUUUUUUCCAAGUGAAAUACAUAGUGUUUUUCAUCUUUUUUAAAAUCCUUUCCAAACCAUAUUAUUCGUGAUAUGAUAACAUUUUCUUAUUGAGAUAUUUAAAAAAAUAAAUCCAAAAAUGAAAGUGUCACUAUUCACAAUUUUCCUCCUAAUAAUCCAUCAAUCUUCCUCUUACAACAGCGUACACCUCCUAGCAGAAAAUCUCGAGCAACUUGUAACAUCAACAACCCUUUCUUGGGUAUCAGCUAGCUCCAAAUCCAAGCCAGAUUACGAAAACGCUGUUAUUGGAGCUUAUGAGUCACAAUUAGAUGAUAGCACUGAAGAUAACUCAAUCAAAAACCCGAUUUACGUCUGCAGAGCGAAACAAAAUACUUUCUGGGUGGCAGGUCAUUUAAGACCUUACGAUAGAAAAUGUUUAAUGAGCGUUCACGGAAUCGUACACGAAGUAGAGCGUUACGAGCUUUUGAUCAACACCGAGAAUUCCGCGAGAUUAAGCUGGGUGAAAAGAGAUAAAUUCAGUACAGAUCCUGCGGGUGUCGUAGUCGGCGGAGAAGAUCCCUACAAGAAUUACGUCGCUAGAAAACCAUUAGAAAACAACCCAAGUUUAACCCACCUCUUAGGUAACCUAGAUCCCAACCGAGAAUUUGGAAUAAUCACCUUCGUCGAGGAUAAUAAAGAAGCGAUUUCAGACGAGGGCGAAUUAUUAGUUGAAACCGAACCGAUCAAAUACGAAAUGAUCGAUGUUAAAUACGAAAACGUUCGAAAAGGCCAACCGCGCGAAGAACGAAUUUUAGGAAACGUCGUCUUAAAAAACGCCAACCUAGAUGGGGACACAGCAAGAGUUGAAACCGUAAUCGGUUAUAACUACACUUAUAAAUUAUAUUGGGGACACGGACAUGGAUUACUUUCCGGGUUACCUUUUGACGUUCACGACGAAAAGGAUAUCCGCAAGAACAAGUGGUCGAUUCCCGAACAAAGAAUAGAGGUUAAGAUUGAAAGUAUCGAGUACUUUUUAAUACCAGGCACCGCGGUGAACGUCACUUUAAAGGGAAUCUACGUCGAAGCCGACUUACCCUACACCGGAACUGUUAUUUCAUACUAUAAAGAUGGCGAAAAGCGCGAAAGAACCAUUCGAGAUAGCAAAAGAGAAUCGACAAUGUUAAGCGUCACCCCGGAAUUUGGCCCCGUUUAUUUCCUUCAUAACAAUAGUUUUGUUCCAACAACCACCACAACAACCACGACGACAACUACAACCACAACUACAACAACUAGACGCACCACAAUGGUCACUGAACCUCUUCCCAUCGAAAUACCCGAAAUCCAAGAAACCGUUAAACCAAAGAAAACUCACGAUACCGAAGGGAGAAAACAAGAAAAUAGUAGUAUGCAGUCUGAUGAUGGCGGCGCUUUAUCUUUGAAGAAAAAAGAAUCAUCCGCAUCGAGCGUGACCGUGAAUAUGCUUACAUUUAUAGCCAUAUCGGUUCAUUUGUUGAGGGUGACGUAAACGCCAGGUUUAAAAAUGAAAGUAAAUAUCUCGCUGCUGGCAGCUUUGAUGUGAUAGUCCUAUAGUUUGAUGUACAUAUAUCGCUUCGUUUUUUUUUUGAUUAUCUCUCUCUUACUACAUAGUCACCCUUCUUCUCUUAUUCUUAUUCUACUUCUUCUUACACUCUAUAUUUGUAUAUAUUAUAAAGAAAAAAAGAAUCUGUACGUGUUUGUAAAUAUUAUAGCGCUGCGAAGAAGUGUCAGAAGUGAUAUAAUAUGUUUUUAAAAAAUAUUUAAUAAUGCGCGUUUAGUCGCAAAGAUUUAGGCCAUAGCAAAAAAGACGAACGAUAAGAUGAUGAUAUUUUUUCAAAGAAUUACGUGUAGAACAGUAUUUCUAAAUGUAGUAGGAAACCGGAGGUGUGGACAUCUAAAGUUCCGUCCGUUGUUGUAUCAUCCUCGAUCGUUAGAUGUCCGUUUCUCUAUGACGGAACCGUUUUCACGAUGAAGGCGAAAAUUAAAAAAAAAUUUUUCGUAUUUUGACGAUGAUGGAAAAAAUUUCGAAAGGGACCGCGUAGAGGUUUGUCAAGUACAAUUUCGUUGAAUUACACCGACUGACUGAUUAUUUUCCGCAAAGUUUAGUUAGGUACUAUGUAAAUUGUUUAUUGUAGAUAUUAUUCCGACAAAUACUACUUAAAAAUAAAUUAAAUCAAAUUA